AUGGGCAACUCGUCGUCUUCAUCAUCAAAUCCCUCCGAGGAAGCCAAGGACAAGAAGACGCUGUAUGAGCGCUUCCAAGCCGGCAAAAAGAGUGUGCCACUCAGCGAUGAAGAUAUGCUGAAGUACACGGGCAAGACUCGCGAUGAACUCAGCGCAUGGGCUGAUACUCAACCCGGCGUCGGAAAGAACCAACUUGCGGGUAGCGUAACAGCUGGACCGAUUUCUGGGCUUGGAGGAGUUGCCAUGGCCGAUGGCCUUGGAGGCUGGGGACCGAGUGCACACCCGAAUGAUAAGAACAGGGGAAUGAAGUUCCCUCCUACGAGGGAGAAUGAGGCCAAGGACACUACUGAGGUUACAGAGGUGGUGGAGGAUAAGAAGUGA